AAUAAUAAAAACAUUUGCUGCGGUUCAAGUAAUUUCUAUAGAAAUUGAUGUUGUUUUCCCAAUUAAAUUUUCAGUUCAUCACAGUAGCAAAAAAGGUUCAUUUCCGUUUCUGUAUACUUUUCUCCUUCCUUUUUCAACUCGAUCGAUAUAAUCGCGCAGGCUCACAUCAAUUACAUUGUUUUCUAUUCCUCGGAAGCUUUGAAUUCUGCCUAGCCGGUAACCGCUGCCGAUUCCAUAUCACACUGCUGCAUUUUAUUAGCUGUUAGCUGUGAGGAUAGAUGUCAGUUGCGAAAUUAAGCACUUUUAGUACUCUGGAUGCUUCAAGAUCAGAUGAGGGUAAUAAUUCACUUGACACCUUGGUGAGGCAAGCUAUAGGAAAGCAACCUGUCCUUACUUUCUCAAGAUUGGAUGACAACCCAGUACAGUGGGUUCAAUUAAUUCAUGGCUAUCAACCAGAUAUUCCAGGUUGGCCUUUGUUGACAACAUGGAAAACUCAAAUGCAGAAGUGUGAGAAAUGUUCCAGGGAGUUUUGUUCACCUGUAAACUACCGCAGACAUAUUCGCUUGCAUCGCCGAUCCUUAAAUUUUGACAAGGACUCUCGAAAGUUAAGGGGUUUAUUGGGCGCAUUCUGGGACAAGCUUACUUCGGAAGAAGUUAAAGAAGUUGUAUCAUUGAAUGACAUCUCACUCAAGGAAAUUCAGGGGACUUCACUUGUCAAGGACCUGUCAGAGUCCCUCUGCAGACCAGGGGUUUGGACUCUUCCACCAGUUUUUGUCAAAGCAGGCUCUACAUUAUUGGAUAUCAUCCAAGCAAAACCUUGUACGCUUCCAGCUUCAUCCAAUGAGUUAUUUAGCAUCCUCGAUGAUGCUAGUGAAAAAACAUUUUUAUGUGCUGGAACGGCAGAAACAGUGCAAAAAUAUGUUUUUGACGGCAAUGCUGCAAAGUUUGGCCUUGAGCUGAAGAACUUAAUUGCAUGCACUUGCUUUCUUUUUGAACAGAAACUGAUGAAAGCAUGGCUUGCUGAUAAAGAUGCAGAGGCAUUGAGAUGUCAGAAGUUGCUUGUGGAGGAGGAAGAAGCUGAUAUGAGAAGGAAAGCUAAGUUAUUGGAAAUGAAAAGACAAAAGAAGUUGAGACAGAAGGAACAGAAGGCAAGGGACCAAACAAAUGAGGCAAAAGUGGAUCUAUGUGUGUCAUCUGAUUCUUUAGACGAUCCUUUAGUGGAAGAAAUACCCAGUCCUCCAGCACCAUCUGAUGAAACCUUGUGCUUUGAAAUCGUUUGCUCCUCAAAUGAAGGUCAGGAUAUUGAAACACAAAAUUCACUCGAUGAACAUGUUGUAAAUGAAGGUCAAAAUGGUGAACCCGAACUGUUGCAAGAAAACAGUCAAAGGUCACCUGCCAAACAUGGUCCAAUAGAUGGGGGGCCUGUAGUGAACAACUGCAAGGUAUGGACAAGGAAAAUUAGAGUGGUAAAUAAUGAGAGCUUUAGGGAUUUGGUACCGAAAAAUGGAGUAAGUCGAAACCCAAGUGAUUGUGAAGUGAUGAUUGGAUCUAUAUCUGUGCCUAUGAAAAAUUACACUCGACAAGAUUUGGUACGUAAGAAACAUGAUGUUAAUGGCCCCACUAAGCUUUGGAGGCCUGUGAGUAGGCAUGACAAGGGGAGACAAGAUGGAGAUUUACUAAAGAAAGUCUAUGAUCAAACUCUAUCCAAUAAAACAUUUCUGAAUUCACCAGAGAGCAUUACACAUGCAGAAGGGUCCUUACCAUUCUGCGGUAGCGUCGCGAGAGAUUUUCUUGCACAGAGAUGGAAAGAGGUGAUGUCAGCAGAUCGUGUAGAAUUAGUGCUUUCCCUUGUUGCUUCUGACCCUCCAGAGUGCCCCCAUGACACUAUAGAAGCAACGUGACUUGUGAAUCUAAUAUUUUUGUGGAAUUCAAAGUUCUAAACUACCAGGGGAAAGGGUGAUACAUAGAAUUACGUUUCCAAGAGUACAGGAAAACCAUUUAGGUCAGUAAUCAAGUUUUUAGCUUUUGGAGAAGAAAAAUGCAACUUGUACACGCCGGUUUACACGCCGGUUUACACACCAAGUGUAAUUGUCUAUGCACACACAAUUAAUUUUCAUUUUAGUAAAGGCCAAGUGUCUGUGACCCCGAAAAAAUGAAUUUUCUGUGGAUGAUUGUGCACAGACAAUUACAGAUUAGUGUGUAAACCGGUGUGUAACCUAACGUGUACAAGUAGCACGGUUGUUUUCUAAUUCAAAAUUUUACUGUAAUACAUCGUUCCUUCAUUUGUUUGGGACUUUUUUACCUCCCAUUUUUGCAUGAUAGCCUCAGAAUAGAUUUAGACAGCCCCAACCCAUUUUUCCUCAUAUCAUUUGAUGCUCAAUCUUUUUCUUUGUUGAGUUAUAAUACUGUGCUCAAUCUUUGUAUUUGCUCGCUUGUAGGCCUUGUCAUGGUUACCAGAUUGUUGGUUGUAUUAGUGAUUUGUAAAAUGCUGUGAUGAAGCAAGUUGUUUAGUGAUUGUAGUUAUCGUGUGAAAUGGCUUUCAAGGACAUGCUUAAGGCUUUAAACAAUUAUUUUUUAAAAUGUGACUCAAUACUUUCUCUGUCGAAAGGAGUAUUUCAAGCACAUAUUGUCGCCCAAUACUUUCUCUGGU